CUCAAUCAAUACAAACUUGCUGCGUAUGGCCACCCAACAGACCCCUGCUCGUCCUUGGUUCCGUUUAGCUUCAAUAGCACGCCAGCCAGCUCCUCAAGCCCCAGCUGCUGAGCCCGCUCCUCCCCUGCCAAGACCCCCACUUGCUCGUCCCACACUUAGGCCAGUUGCUCAGCCUCAGUCCCAAUCUCAACCCACUCAAACUGAACCAACACCACCACCACCCACUGCUGCUCCACAACCACCAGCACCUCGUGCCCCUGCAUCCCCAGCUGCGCCUACUUCUCCAACUCCCAAGACUGCCAGUACCACCCCAACCACUGUGACUGCACGUGUGCCCAGCCCUGCGCAACCAUCUCCAAGAACCUUAAAACCUGCAAUAGAAACCCCACCUCAAUCACCUAAGCCCAAACCAACUGCUCCACCACCCUCUCCUUUAACCCUUCCACCUUCCCAGAUAAAACCCAAUGCAGAACCUGAAUCCAAGAGCCCACCGGAGGCAGAGCAGAAAGAUGUGCUCAUGCAGAAGACCAUAGAAAAGGUCAAUGACGACACUCAUAAGCCCAGAAUCGAUCAUACUGGGAAACAAGGAGUGGUCAAGGAAGCGGAUACAGAGGAGAAAGCCCACAGAAAGAAGUUUUCUUCUUCAGACACAGAGGAGGAAGGAAUAAGGAUUAUAACAAUAGCAGGUGAGAACAAAGGCGCAUUAAUGGAAGUAAUAAAAUCUCCCAAGAAAAAUGGAUUUGAGGGUCUUUACAAGAAGGGAAAUCCUGGAGGUACUUCAAGCGACAGCAGCAGUGAAUUCAAAAGCUACAGUAGUAGUGAAGAAGAAGGGAACCGAAAUAUGAAGAAGGACAAGAAAAACAGAGCAAUGUCAAUGAAUUCAACUCCUAUGAGUGCAUUCAUGAAUAGCAAUGUUCAAGGUGUAAACAAUUCAGUUGUUUUCAAAUCUUCUUGCACUCACAGUGAUCCUGGAGUCCACCUUGCUCUCUCUAGAAAUCCUUCCAAUGGUGGAUUCCAUGCCAAGGGUCGCAGCAAUGGCUAUGACAGCUGAACAGACAGAGGAAAAAGGAGAUUAAUCUUGUGUUUCAGUCUAGGAAUAAAUAUUUGUGGUGAUUGAUAGAGAAAAAAAAAUACAACCAUAUAUAUAUAUAUAUAUAGAACAUAAGAAGGAGAUGUGUAUCUGACAUCUCAAAUUUUAUGCUUUGCUUGUUGGUAGAGUGUCCUAGAAGAUUGUUCAUGACCCUCUUCUGGUUCAUAUAUAGAGUGAGGAUAAUGCAUCGAUGAUAUGUAAUAAGGGCAUUAGCUAUUUACCGAGUAUUAUUGAAUCUAUAUCUUGUGUAUUCCUAGCAGCUGCAGUUUA